GUUCACUUGCAUACCCAACUAUUGUAUUGAUAUUUAUUUCAUAAUUUAUACUUAAAUCAUUACAUAAUAAAUAAAAAAUUUACACUUAUUCGAUAUCUUUGCAGAUACUAAGACAAAAAUACAUUAAAUCCUCUUUGGGUGUGGUCACACAACGAUCGAUAUGCCAGUGCUCAGGAUUCCUCUGUGCAUAAAAUCUAUAAUUUCCCUCUGUACAUUCUUCUGAUCUGUGCCAUCAUGUCUUCAAAAAUUGUUUGAUAACAAAUACAAAGUUUAAAGAUAGUUUUUAAUUAUAAAUAAUGAGUGAUUUGUUGGCGUGCCGUGUGUGCCUGGCGUCUGAAGACGUGAAGCUUUACAGUCUCAAUAAGUACAAUUUGAUGCAAUCCUACGAGAUGCUAACCGGAAUACAGCUGUGCCCGGAGGACGGUUUGCCGCAACACAUCUGUAGUUUCUGCAGUUCGUUGUUGAACAAAGCCGUAUCUUUUAAAGAGAAAUGUCUCAGCUCUCAGGAAAUAUUGAAAUUCACGGAACAGAAACAAAGACUGACUUUAGAUAAUAUAAAACACAUCCACCUAGCACACCAUCACCCGUACAGGAGAGACGAGGAACAUAGGCGAUUCAACGUAGACUACACGACGGUCAAAAAAGAGACCACCAUUAAAGAAGAAUUACCAGAGAAGAGGAAGAAGAGAAGAAAAAAGGAGAGUAUAGAAGUUAAACUUGAAGAUGAACCCCAAGACGAUGGUUACGGCAAUUACGAGAGCGAUCAAGAUAUACCGGUCCUGGACUUGGAUAUACGUGGAUUGGAGCUGCCAGAUGGUCAGGAGAUAGCGGGAGAUAGUCAAGAGAUAGCAGGGGAUAGUCACGAGAUAGCUGAUAAAGAUCUCAAGGAUGUGGAGAUAGUGCUGCUGAGUAAGGCGGAGCAGAUACAGGAGAUUGAAAAGAGGAAGACAUCUUCCAACUACGUGAACUCCUACUACAAGUGUGAAAAAUGCUUCAAGGGGUUUAUCACUGAGCCUACCUACAGAAAUCAUAUGGUCUGCCACGAUCCUGAGCGCGGUCCACACACGUGCGACGUUUGCAACUCCCACUGGCCGUGCGCGCGCGCCCUUAGAGCACACUCGCUGAACACACACGAGAGGAAAUACAUGUGCAGGGUGUGCGAUCAUGUGUCGAGAUCCAGCCAUCGAGCCAAGGAGCACAGCAAGUGGCACAGCGGGUUCUCCUUCAUAUGCAAGACGUGCGGCGCCUCGUUCGCCAAAUCCACGAGUUAUCUGACACACAUGCGACUCCAGCAUCCGUCGAGCAACUCGUGCGAGAUCUGCGGAGAGUCGUUCGUGGGGGAGUUCGGGCUGAGGAUGCACAAGAAGAAGUCACACGUCGGUACCACACGGAUGCAAGCGGUCAGUAUACCCACUAACCAGCUGGUAACAUCUGCUCAACACCAGUUCCAGUAUCCGGCUGUGAGUCAGUGCGAUCGCUGCCAUCACAAGUUCGACUCCCGGGAGGCGCUGCUGCGACACGUCCAGCUGUCCGGGGACGCGUGCGACGCGGGCGAGGACACGCCACGGCCGUGUCCUCACUGUGGGGAGGGUUUCGACUCUGACGACAGUCUAAGGGACCACGUGGCGUCCCAUGAGAAGGACACCGGCGUCACGUGUGAAGAGUGCAAACUAACGUUUUCGUCAUCUAGUUCCUACACGAUCCACUACCAGAGAGUACACCUCGGACUUAAGAUGAAACAGAACAAGCCGCGCUGUUACAAGAAACCGGCCGACAGUCACGUCUGCGAGAUGUGCGGGAAGAAGUGUAUUACGAAGGCAACCCUGAUGUAUCACCAGCGGAUCCACACCGGUGAGAGACCGUUCCAGUGUAGCGACUGCCCCAAGAAGUUCAGUGUGUACCAGAGACUCCAGAUUCAUCAACGUAUACACACGGGGGAGAGUCCUUACCAAUGUAAGAGUUGUCCAAAGGCUUUCAAACACAAGGCAGCUCUCAACAGACAUGAUCGGGUCCAUACGGGGGCAAAGCCCUACGGCUGUCCUCACUGCGGCAAGUCGUUUUCACAGUCAAAUUCUAUGAAACUUCACGUAAGCACCGUGCACCUUCGACUACCAGCGCCCUACAGGAACAGGACGAAUAAAAUAUAAAUAUA